CAAGAACAGUCAUGUUGCCGAAGAUGGACGCAAAGAUCUAGCAGAAGGAGAAGUAAACGCUUCGGAGCCAGAAGCAUCUUGUGUUAUCUGGACUAUUUGCAAAAGAGUGAAUACUAAAGAUCACUUCAUUCUGAUCUAGAGUGCAGCAUAAAGGCGCUUGGUGUAAAUUUAGUGAAAUUCUAUAGCUCGUACAGAGUCUAGUAGCAAAAGUUACAAGUGUGCGUCAAUAGGAAUUAACUGCAAAGUUCCUAACUUAAGUUAGUCCGAAAAUGGCUUCCAUGACUGAAUGUGAGGAAGAGCUUGCGUGUUUGACACGAGAAACAGUGAUGGAACAGGAUCAAUUAGAAAGCACUUUAUUAUGGUUUCUAUCGCAGAACUUUCUCAAGUCCACAAUAACAAAAUUUGUUUCGGUUGGAGAUGUUGCGCUCCUGAAGACGAUGGAUUCUGAUUCGUUAGCAUCGAUGGACAAUUUACUGAUGGCAGACGCUUUGGCACCAUGGAAGGUGAGCAAUUCGGAAAAUUUGUUAAAAGUACGUAAUCAAGUUUCGACCAACGCCAUGGAACUGAAUAGAUUGUACGCUCAGAUGCGAUCUGGCCAUCUUGAUAAGGAGUUGGAUAAAUGUCGCACUCAAAUUCGUGAAUUGCGUUCGAAAAAACAUUCCAUGCAAUAUGAUUUGAAUGCUAAACAACAGCGGGUGAACACAGAAGAACUAGAAAUGUCUGGCUUGGUAGACGUUUUGAAGGAGAUUUUACGAGACACUGAAACUACUAUUCAGUGUCACGAACAAGAGCUAGAAAAGGUGGAAAAUAGUUUUAAUGAUAACUAUGAUUCUCCGUUGUUUAGUCAAUUAUUUUCGCAGAUAUUUUGUUUUACCAAUGCAGCUGUAUUCCGUCUGGAUGCGGGUUUUACCUGGAAGUAAACGGAGCAUGGGUGAAGUCAGUUCGGUUUUUCUCUAUCUGAUUAGGAAGCUCGUGAGACUCAGGUAAUGUGUAGAAGGGGGACACGAGCAAAAUUAUUGACAGGAUCGGAUUGUACAAGUUUUUUUUCCUUCCAACGACUGUGUGGCUACGUAAUAUGUAUUGAAUUCGUUCCUGUCGGAAAGUAUGUACGAGGACUACGAAGAGAACGCCGUUCGGUGGAGAGCCUGCCAUCUUUAUGGGAUAGUGUAGAUAGGAUAAGCUGCGAAGUAAAACAAGUUUUUGGAAAACCAUUACUUAAUGGGUUCACUUUACUACAUAGCCACCAACUAGGUGCACACACAGCGAUAGCAGCCAGCCGGUUCGUCGAUACGCAUAGUUGUACUGUCCGAUGACUUUCGCGACUAUGUGUUGAUGCGAAACUUUUAGAUGACAUAGCAGUUACUUCCAGGUUGUUGCACGCGGAACGGAAUGAAAACCUCAUAUAUUCGAAAAUAAGCAAAGGAAAUCGAAAGACAGUGAGAAAUAAAGCGGACGCUAUUGCGGCCAGUGGCACUGGUUCAUUUCCUUCACGUGAAAAGGAAUUUGACCAACUAAGGUGCGACCUGCUAUAAUGCAAUAAGGGAAUCAGGAAAUCAUACAUGCUAAUUGACUGACUGUACUUGUAUUAACGGAAUGUUAUUCAUUACUGAAUAUUUAUUGAAUAUAUGGGUUAGUAAUGCAAGCAACA